CACUAAAACUUUUCAAGCAUCAAAGAUCACUACACAACACAUUUUUCAAGAUUUUUUUGGUGAAUACAACCAACAUAUCCAAAAAUUAGGAGCAUGUAAACCCUCUUCCAAUUUCAUUCCUGCAAUCAAUCUUCAAUCCAAUGACUGCAUCUUUCUUUCUUUCUUCUUCAAACUUCCAAUAUGUCUCAACUCAAUUUCCUGAAUUUUCUCCUUCUCAAUCUUUUUCCUCCACCACUAAAACCCUUAUCUUGAAAAUCCCAAAACCCCUCAAUUCUAUCUCCUCCAAUGCUGCUUCUUUCUUGCUCAAAGAUCACUCCUUUUCUUCCAAUCACACUAAGAAAAACAGUAAUUCAAGUGAUGAGGAUGAAAUUAGUGAAGAUUAUGAUGAUGAAGAAAGGAAAAACAUUAGAGGAGAUUCAAAUUCUGGCAAGAAUAUGAUUAAAAUGCCUACUGCUCCAUGGAUGAAAGCUCCAAUCUUUCUUCCUUCUGAUGAAGUUUUAGACCUUUCAAAACCCAAUUUAAGGAAGAAAAGAACCUCCAUUGUUAAAUCCAAUAAAGAUUAUAAAUCACUUACUGAGAAAAUUAGUGGAAGAAUGGGUAAGAAAGUAGUGAAGAAAAUUGUUCAAAGAAUUGAAAGACUUCAACUUGGCAAUAAUUUGGUUGAUACUCAGAAAAAUUGGGAUGAUACCCAGAAAAUUAUGGGUGUUUUUAGAAGUGGGUUUUUAUCUGAUGAUGAAAUGGAGUCAAAAUUUAGGCGUAAAAUGCCAUGGGAGAAGGAAGAGAAGUUGGUUUUCAGGAGGAUGAAGAAAGAGAAAGUUAUGACAAGUGCUGACCUUAUUCUUGAUCAAGAGUUGUUGAAGAGAUUGAGAAAAGAGGCUUCAAAGAUGAGGAAAUGGGUUAAAGUGAAGAAAGCUGGUGUAACUCAAACUAUUGUGGAUGAAAUUUUGUCUAUAUGGGCUAAUAAUGAGCUUGUUAUGAUCAAAUUUGAUUUGCCUUUGUGUAGGAACAUGGAUAGAGCAAGGGAAAUUGUAGAGAUUAAAACCGGCGGAUUAGUUGUUUCGAGUAGGAAAGAUAGUCUGGUUGUAUACAGAGGAUGCGAUUAUCAGCCAACAAGAUGGCGUCAAAAGAUAUAUGUUGGAUCUGUAGGUGUACGGCAGACGCCUAGCUUCACUACUGAUGAUGGCUUGGAUAUUAAUAUCACUGAUAGGUCACUUUAUGAGAGGGAGGGUGAUAGAUUAUUGGAUGGCUUGGGACCUCGAUAUGUUGACUGGUGGUAUCCGAAGCCCUUGCCUGUGGAUGGAGAUCUGCUACCGGAGGUAGUUCCAGGAUUUAGUCCUCCAAUUAGGCGUUGCCCACCUCGUGUUCGGACCCAAUUGACAGAUGAUGAACUAACUUACCUGAGGAAUUUCGCUCGCCCUUUACCUGUUCACUUUGUUCUCGGAAGAAACUCCAAACUUCAAGGUCUUGCUGUUGCCAUCUUGAAAUUAUGGGAGAAAAGUGUCAUUGCCAAAAUUGCUGUGAAGUGGGGUGUUCCAAAUACCAAUAAUGAACUCAUGGCCUCUGAGCUUAAGCGUCUUACAGGAGGAGUUCUCUUACUGCGUAACAAGUUCUUUAUCGUUCUCUACAGAGGCAAGGAUUUCUUACCACGCAAUGCAGCUGACGUAGUAGUCGAGAGAGAAAUGGAGCUCAAACAAUGGCAACUUCAUGAAGAAGAUGCACGGCUUAGAGCGGCUGAGACUCUCGAUUUUAAAGAUGAAACGGCGGAUAAAAGCACCGUUGGGACUUAUUCUGAAUUUCAACAUAUACAAACAAUUUGCAAAAACGUACAAAUCAGUAGUGCGGCCGAAGUGAAAUUAGAAGCUGAAAGAGAACGAUUAGAGAAGGAAUUACGAAAAAAUGAGAACAAACUUGCCAUUCUUAAAGUCAAAAUUGAGAAGGCAGAAAAUGAGUUAUGGAAAUUAGAUUCGGCAUGGAAGCCUUCUAAACCAAAAGGCGAUCAAGAAUCAAUUACCGAGGAGGAGAGACUGUGUUUUCGGACGAUGGGUUUGAAGCUGGACAAAGUUCUUGAAUUGGGGAGGCGAGGGGUAUUUGAUGGAGUUAUAGAAGGCAUACAUCAGCACUGGAAGCACAGGGAAUUAGUGAAAGUUAUUUCAAUGCAGAGAACAUAUGUACAGGUUGUUGAUACUGCUAAAAUACUCGAAACUGAGAGUGGCGGAAUACUAGUAUCCAUCGAGAAGCUAAAGAAAGGCCACGGUAUAAUAAUCUACCGUGGGAAGAACUACAAGCGUCCCGUAUAUUGUGGUGAAAAUCUUCUCGAUAAAAAGAAAGCACUGGAACGAUCUCUUGAAAUGCAAAGACUCGGAUCCCUUAAAUUUUUUGCAUAUCUACGGGAUAAGGAAAUCGCAGACUUGAAGCUCAAACUCGCUGAUUUGGAGAAGAGGCACAGCAAAAACAGUUGAAUUGGUCGUCAGAAAAUUUAGCGUUCGUUAAAUUUGAAUAUGCCUUGAUCUGACGGGAAGAAGAAAGUUUCGAUACUGUUAGCCUUCGGAUCUUGCUUUAAGUUGAUAUUUUUAGAGUUUCGACUCUUGCGACUGUGCUCUUAGCAAAUUGGCUUAAAUUGUUUUAGCAGGCAAAGCCGUGUAAGAUGUUUGUACAUAAAAUAUCACACUUGUAUUGUAUGAAAAUCCAAUGCAACUUCAUGUGGAAACUGUAUGCAACUCGUAGUUUCUUUGCAUAGUUGAUUAUAAAGGUGCGUA